AAAUACACAGGAGCAAACAAGAGCAACAAUUAAACAUAGAAAACAAGAAUUGAUUCUGAUACUAGUUCUAGAGUUUGUAGAAGGCCGAAGUGAAGAUGACAAUAGACGAUGAGAGUUCUGUCUACGUCGGAGGACUGCCCUAUAACGCCACGGAGCGCACCGUUCGCGAAGUCUUCGAUCUCUACGGUUCUGUUGUCGCCGUUAAGAUUGUUAAUGAUCGUGGGACUAGGGGAAAAUGCUAUGGCUUUGUUACUUUUACAAAUCCUCGAUCGGCAAUUGAUGCCAUCAAUGACAUGAAUGGCAGGACAAUUGAGGGUCGAGUAGUGAGAGUAAAUGAAGUUACAACCAGAGGUGGGAAAUCAAACUUUGGUCGAGAGCGGUUUCGUCGUGGUGACUGGGAUAAAGGUCGAGAUCGUGAAAGGGAUAGUGAUCAUAGUAGGGACAGGCAUUGGGAUCGGUACAGUGAUAGGUCCAGAGGGCGUUCUCCAUCUCGGGACCAUGAUAGAGAUAAGGAAAGAGGAUAUGAGCAUGCCCAUGAUCGUGAUCCGUCAAGGGACCAUUUCUCGGGUAGAGAUCAAGACAGAUAUCUAAAGGAUAACAAGCUAGGGCUUGCUAGGGACCAUGAUCAAGAGUGGGAAACGAAUAGUGAGUUUGAUCAAAACCAAGAUAGGGAAAUUGAUGGAACCAAUGGCUAUCAUAAAAGUGUCGUUAAGGGUAAAGAAUGUUCUUCAAGGAAACGGAGUGUUUCUACAAUUAACGAUCAGCAUACCAGGGAACUUUCAUCAAAUUCAGAUGAUGAUUACAAUGAUGAGGUGAAAGAACAGCUGGACAGAUCAGUUCAAAGGCGUCAAGAACUAAAAAAGGAGAUUACUCAGAUGUUAGACCGGUUAGAUGAAAAAGAACGACUUGUCUCUGAUUUACAGGAAAGAUCUAAGAAACUGGAGGAUGCGUUGAUAGAUGCAAAGAAGCUGUCUUCUCAUCGUCAGAAACAGGUGACCAAGCUGUACAGAUGUUUUACACAAGUUAACGAGAGUGCCGAAAGACUUAGGAGCUGUGAACAGGAACUUCAGUCAAUGGUUGAUGUUGCAAUGAUAGAAAGUGACAUGGGUGAUGAUCUUGGUUUGAAGGAUGGAGGAGGCCUGACAAACGGCAUCAAUGAAUGAUAUUGUGGUGUAGUUUUGAGGGGUUGAUUCCAGAUUCUAGCUGUCUUAUAAUCUACUUAGUGGAUAUGUUUAUGUAGAUAUCUACACUGGGGGCUAAUGAGCUACUAAUUUGAAGUGUUAAUAUAAUCACUUCCUUGUAUAAUUGUAUUGUAUCUAUCAAUUCCUUAAUACUUUAUAGUAUUUGGUUGUGCAAAUUUUAGUUAAAUGGACGAUUUUACACAUUGUUAAUAUG